AUUAUUUUUCCAAUUGGGUGUUUCCAGCUAUUAAUGGAAGGUUUGAUGGUGGAGUCGCGUUAGCAUUGAUUGUAGCUAAUGAGAGUGUCAAUCUGCCAAGGUCCUCCGACGAUUGGAUUCUUCCUCUGCCGCAUUUCACAACUGCAAUUGCGACCAAACAACCUGUCCCUGAGUGUUCCAUCUCUCCUGCGACUCUCCUUAACAUUGCCUACCUAUACUACUCAAAAGGGACCAAACGAGAUCUGGAUACUCACCCAUAGACCGUUCGACCUUGUCCCCAGUUCAACUCCUCCGGGCCGGUAUGCAUUGACCCUAACGGAAGCCGAGACAUCAAUCCACAAUGGCUCCGCAUGAGCUUCACGUCGUGAGCCUCAAUGUCUGGGGUAUUAAAUGGAUUUCUACACAUCACACCGAAAGGAUCCGCGAGAUCGGCCGCCAACUGGCCCGGUCCGAUCCUGCGCCGAACAUCGUGGGUCUUCAAGAAUGCUUCUCGUCUGCGGACCUCCAAGCAGUACAGGAAGAGACGCGGGACAUUUUGCCAUACUCGAAAUACUACCAUAGCGGAGUGUUCGGUGGAGGGCUCGCAAUACUCAGCAAAUGGCCUAUCGAAGAGAGCAGCAUGACGGGCUAUGCCUUGAAUGGGCUUCCAUGGGCCUUCUAUCGAGGGGACUGGUACGUUGGGAAGGGCUUUUCUCAGACACGAAUUCGGAUACCUGCGGACGAAGACGGCGACGAGGAGGUGGUUGAGGUCUUCAAUACACAUCUCCACGCACCAUAUCACCCUCCACCUAAGGAUGUGUAUUGGACACACCGCCUCUCACAGGCGUGGCAACUUGCCAAACAGCUCCGAUCCGCCGUCUCAGAUUCCUCGGUUUCUCUCGUGCUCGGCCUCGGGGACUUCAAUUCCCGCCCGCUCAGCAUGCCCCAUAAAAUCAUCGAACGCCAUGGCAGAAUGAAAGAUGCGUGGCUGCAGCUCCAUCCCCAAUCCGCCGCCGAAGAACCCGAAGGCUCUUCGAUAAUCGUCGACAUCGACCCACCCAGGGAGCGGACCAGUUCGAUCGAACCGGCAGCAGACUUGGAGCUUCGGCGUCCAGGCCAUCAUAUCCCGACUGUCCGUGCCGCGAUCGAGGACUUGGGGAUGACCUGUGACUCAGGGUAUAAUACCUGGCGAUGGAGCAAGCCGGUGAGAAAGCAGCUGAAGAAGAACGCCGUGAUUAUUCCCGACGAGACGCCCGAUCCGCGAGCAAAGAGGCUGGAUUAUGUGUUCUACGCGGAUGGAGCAAAGAGCUCUGUCGCAAAACACUCUCCAGGGGUUCAGGGGUGGACGGUGGGAUCCGCGAAAGUGGGUAUGACUGCAACCCAUCCGACGCUCAAUUGUAGCUUGAGCGAUCACUUUUCCGUGGAAGUAACUCUUGUGAGGGCUGCAAACAAUGAAGCUCAGUCAUCACGCCAGUCACAUUCGGCCGACGGCAGUGACACAUCUUCGCAUUCCUUGCCCGACAAGUCAACAUCACCUCCCCAAGGUGACACCCCUAAAUACCUAUCCGUAUCGGACUACUCGUCCAUCCUCUCCCACAUCACCAGGUGGCGCUCACGACAGCAACAGCAACGAAGACUACGGCUCGGACACCUCGUUGCGCAGUUUUUCAUAGCGAUCGGGUGCCUUGUCUCUGUUUGGUUUUCGCCGCGGAACUUUGUCUCGUUCAUACUCAUGCUUGUGAGCACCCUGGGUCUGGCCGCUGGUGUUCUCGAUGGCAUUCAGGGUGGUCUAUUUGUGAGCUCGGAGUUGAACGCGCUCACCGAGUUUGAAUGGGAUGUCAGCGCGGUUCUGGAUCGAGCAGGAGCGCCACCGGCAUUUAAAUGAAGUGUACGGUAUAUCGCUCGUCUAAUUCUACAGCAGGAGCGCUAUUGUGUCAUCAACAAGCGCCGGAGUAUCAUAACCGUUGUCAUAUUUCAGGGGAUUACAAGUAGCGCUAUUAUACCACGAACAGCAAGAUAGUCGCCGAACGCCAAUUGAAUGCAUGGAUCCAAGGGAUCCCUUGUCUAUACG